UUGUAAACUUCCGGUGACAGAUCUCGGGUGGAUGGUUAGAUUUUAAUGUUAUUUAUUUAUUAUGUGCGUCGUUUCCUGAUACCGAUCUGAAAAUAAAUAGAUCGCGGAGUUAAAUCAAGAUGACUGCCAUUAAGCACACUUUACAUCGUGAUGUCUUUUUACCUCAUGAUGAACGCCUCAUUGGAUUUGUCCAUGUCACUAAAGUUGGACGGAAGAAGAAAACAAGUUUUCUGUGUGCAGCUCUAAAUAAUGACCACGAGAGCCCAGUCCAGGCUAGAGUAUGCCAGGUUAAGAAGGCUGACAAGGGGGAGUCCUACAAGAAAAAAACUACCUGGUUACUACGAGAGCUCAAAGUCGUUGAUGGCAAAAGUUCAAACAAGGAAACCGCUGAGUUUGACCUCCAUUUUGAGAAGAUCUACAAAUGGGUAGCUAGUAGUGUGACUGACAAGGAAGCCUUCAUUUCUUGUCUAUGGAAACUGAGCCAAAGAUGUCUUAUACAAAAGCCUGAUUUUAUCAAUGUACCCAAACAGUUAUUGGAAGAGGUGAGCAAGCCCUUAGGUGCAGGCCAUACUCCUCAGACCGGGGAUGAUAUGGCGGUACUGGAGGAAGACUACCAGGCCCUGACAGGGAAGGAAGAAUCUGACCUCGCUCUCCUUAUGUCUGAGUCACAGGCUGCCAUCAGUAAUGCUGAGUCCUUCGCUGAACAACUUUCCAAGCAGCUGUCAGUACUAGAUGGGGCCAACAUCCAUUCUAUCAUGGGAUCUGAGGACCAAGUCCUGAACCUAAUGCGUUUGUUAGAUGAUGGCAUCAAUCAGGCGGAGAAGAUUGAGGAACGACUGGACUCUUAUGAUAAAAUACUACAGAAUGUGAAGGAUCAGAUGGAGAUGAUGAGAGACAAAGACUCGUUGAUAAACACCAGAAAUAAGAACCAUCAACAUUUACUGGAGGAACUCGACAGCCUAGUGAGUCAACUUGACCUGGAUACUCGACACCUGAAGGCCCUGAGCGACGGGGACCUAUCCACUCCGGGAGGGAUCUAUGAAUGUACAGCCGCGGCCAACGCCCUCCAGAACUGUAUGGCCGUCCAGAUUCACCCAGCUCUUAGGAAGAUGUCAGCUGUAGAAGAGCAGCAGAAACGUUACAGUAAAUUCUCCGCCAGCUUCGCGAAGCGUUUGGCACAUCAUCUCAACAACUUAUUUAUCCAUCAGGGUAAUGAGAUGGGUGAGACCCUCAGCAGACAGACUGUAGACUUCAAGAUUCCACAGCACCAUUCCAGUCAUCGGGACCUUACACCAUAUGCAGAUCUCAUGUUCUGGCUGAAAAAUGCAGAUCCCAAGAGUUUUAAGGAGCUUUCACAGGUAUACACCACCAGUCUGAGCCGACUCUACACGAAGGAAACACAAGACUUUAUUGAGUGUGCUAAACAGAGACUCGGGACAGGGGCAAAGACUGACAAGAACAAACUAGGAGUAGGACUGGCAGGACAGAGUGCAUCAAAGUUGUCAGGCUCUUCCACGAGUCUCCAGGGGAAAAUCCACGAUGCACGUGGACGAUCUGGGUCCAUGCAGAGUGUGGAUUCAGCAUCCCUGUCCAUGCAUGGCUCUGACUCUGAUCUGGCUAUGAGACAUUUGUUUGAUCAGGUGCUUGACAAAGUGUUUAGUGAACUGGAACCAUUCUGCCUGGCUGAACAAGACUUUUGUGUCCGAUUCUUUCACUUAGUGGCUGAGUCACAGAAGGGGGAAAAGGAGGAAGAAGAUGGGGACAGUGGAGACAUUUGGCAGCCCAGAAAACCUGUACAGUCUGUCGAGAAUUACUAUAUGGAAAAUUUAGGGGAGGGUCUUUUUCAAAGACGUGUAUCAAGUCAAAUGCGUCACAUCAAUGAGGAAGUGCGAGGCAUGAUGAGGGACCUCUUCCCCUGUCUUGAAACCAACCUUGAUGAUUUCUUCUCUUACUCAGAUAGGAUUGAUGGAUUUAAUUCCAUGUACAUGUUAGUGCGGAUGAGUCAGCAUGUCAACAAAGCCCAGAAUACAGGCUCUUUCCUCAGUGUCACAUUUGCUAGCUGUCUUGUCAAGAUCAAACGCAACUUCGAUAGAUUCAUACAAAACCAGAUUCGUGCCAUCCAGGAGUGCCGCGUGGCCAAGAAAACCAAAUGUGGCAUCAUCAGUUUUGUCCACACAUUUGAGGACUUUGCUAACCAGGCUGAGAGUAUUUUUCGUGGAACAGAGAAUCGCCAUGCCCAUCUGGACAAGUCCUAUGUCACACUUGUAGCAGUUAUAUUUGAACAGAUCGCAAGGAUUGCUUCAGAGCAUCCUAAAACUCCUCGGGAGGUGGUCAUGAUGGAAAAUUUCCAUCACAUGUUUUCUGUUCUUUCCGCUCUGAAGAUACCCUGUCUGGAGAAUGACAGGAAAGAGGCCAAACAGACAUACCAGGACAAUUUGUACCAGUAUACAACUCAUCUGCUUGGGAGACCCAUGGAAAAACUUCAUGUGUUCUUUGAUGGUGUACAAAAUAGAGUGGCAUCAGGAGUGAAACCUGAGGAGGUGGGGUACCAGCUUGCCUUCAGUAAACAGGAGUUACGCAAGGUCAUCAAAGAGUACCCCGGCAAAGAGGUGAAAAAGAGUCUUGAACAUUUAUACAAAAAGGUUGAGAAACAGUUGUGCGAGGAAGAAAACCUACUGCAGGUAACCUGGCUAGCCAUGCAGGACGUGUUUCUCCGACAGUGUACAUCUCACGAGGAUCUCAUCAACAAGUGUUACCCAGAUUCUGGCAUAUCACUGGAGUUUAGUGUUGGUGACGUCCUACAGUACUUCUCAGACAUUGCCCAGUCACAUUAAGAGUAGUGUUGGGCUUUGGUAUUAAUACAUAUUACGGUACCAGAACAGUGUAUAUGAUAUGGUCCUGUCAUUUUGGGAAUAAUGUUGGAAUUUGUCGCUGACGCCCUACAACACUUUUCUGAUACUGCCCAGUCACAUUAAGAAUAGUGUUGGGCUUUUGUAUUAAAUACAUAUUACGGUACCAGUACAGUGUAUAUGAUAUGGUCCUGUCGUAUUAGGAAUAAUGUUGGAAUUUGUCACCGACGUCCUACAAUACUUUUCUGAUACUGCCCAGUCACAUUCAGAAUGGAGCUUGGUUUUAAUGACAUUUGCAGUACAGUUGUUUGAAGAAUAAUUUAUUAUGAUUUUUUUUCUGACAUUGCCAAGUCACACAUAGAAUAAACCUUGCAAUUUGCACAGUGUAGUUAAUAUGACGUCCUAAGGUAUGACAUUGUAAAGUGAUAAUUGAAACAACAUUUUGCUGUUGAUAUUUUACAAUACCAACAUUUUGUGAUAUCACCCAGUCACAUAUAUCACAUCUUAAUAUGUUGCAUUUCCGACAAUUUAACACUGACUUUGUCCGUUGAGAAUUACCAAACUUUCCAUGCAUAGCCACAGUGUUAGAAUUUGUUUAACUCAGUACUUCCGAGACUUCAAGAUUAAAUAGCUGUUCCGUGUUCAACUGCAGGACUUGCCACAUUGAGUUUAAAGUUUGACAGGCUAUCAGCCACAUAGACAGCCUAUCAGUCAUAUAGAGUUUUAAAGUUUGACAGCCUAUCAGCUCAGCCAUUGUAAAACUUGGUCAGUUUAUAGAAACUAGAGGACAUUGUUCCUGACAUGCAUUGUUUCCCCAUUGAUAGAAAGUUAGGGUACUGUUUAUCAUGAAACAUUCGUCAUGUAUAAACUUUGCGUUUCAUUGUUGCUAUGAAACCAUGAAUGUAAAUACAACAGAUAUUGUUGUAUGUAUUACUUGUUAAAUAUCAUUGUUGCAUGGGCUAACCACAAAAGUUUGCAUGCACAAAAUAAUUUGAAAUAUCUAAACUGUGAAAAAAGAGUACGCAGUUACGAACAUUUCAUGUUAUACAGUUGAGCCUAAUCAGGGUGUGGAAAAGAUAAUCAUUCAACUUGUAUUUAAAGAACAGAAUUUAAUGUCGUUUUGAUUUUUAAGAGCAGUUCUGAUGGUAUGGAAAGAACAUAGAAGAAACCAUUGUACAUGUCAAACACAAUACUAUUGCUUGUGAACAAAAUAUUGUGUUCAAAAUGCAAUACUGCUGAUCGUAACAAACUACCAGAUCAUGAAAUCAUAAAUAUUCAUUUAUUUUAUAUUUUUUUUUUAAUUUAGUGGAAAAAAUAGCUUCAGUGGCCUAAGUUUACAUGAUUGUUAAUGCCUGUUGUUGCCUGUAAAUUCUGUAGAAACAUCUUAUGAUCUGCAUACAACUGUACCUUAAGUAUAAUAAAACUGUCUUACAUUUUAAUGAAUGUUAGGCUUUUGUUUUCUUUCUCCUACUCAUCACAGGAAUUUGGCAAAAUUUUCUAACCCAUGGACCGUAUUUAUUUGUAUAAUUAUAGUAUUGAUACUGUUAUAUUGACUGUGGGUUUGAAAUUUGUGUCAAGCCCCUGUGAUAAGUUGAUAUAUCUUUCAGUAAUAUACAAAAGAGUUAUCACUAUCUGGAGCGUAAAUUUAGUGAUGUGGCUUUUAACUACCAAAACUUUAGUAAACAAGUUUGGUUGGUAGACAGGUUUGGUGCAUAUAUUGUAUUUAGUCCUUGUUUAUUUUAGAGCUAGGGCGAUAUCUGAAGUGCAAUAUUUCAUUUGAUACAAUGCUUAGUUAUUAUUUAUAUAGUUAUGAUGUAUGAUUUGAUUCAUGUGUUGUUUUCCAUGUGAAUAAACAUUUUAUUGACUCAC